AUGAAGAACAACAAAGGUAUCAUCUACGCAGUGGUUGCUCGCAAUAAUGUCGUUUUGGUAGAGCAAGUCAACAGAUCGCCGCAAAUUACUCACUCUGGUAACUUUGUUCAAGUCAUUCAUAUUCUCUUGACGAAAUUACCACGUGGAGGUAACUACAACUAUCACUAUGACAGGGAGCAACUUACCUACAUUGCGCUUACCCACCGCCAAGUGCCGAUUCGGACUGUUUUUGGAUUCCUGAAGGACAUUGCAACCGAAUUCAUUUCGAUCUACGGAGAAGCGGCCUAUACUGCGCAGCCGUUCUGUUUUACGGCGUUUGCUAGUUCCCUCAACGUGAUGAUGAACCGUUACAACAACAUAGAAUCUGAUCACUCAAAGCGGGUACUCAGCCAAAUGGAUGACAUCAAAGACGUGAUGAUCAGUAAUAUCGACAAGAUUCUUCAGCGUGGAGAAAAACUAGAAUUAGUCAUUGAUAAGACGAAUGAUCUCGCGGAUGCUGCCACAGUAGCUGCUACUUAG